ACCAAUUCAUCCUGGUUCAGAACAGAGUGCAGAGGCACCCAGCAAACCUAACAUGACAAUGAAGGGUGUAUUCGAAUCUUUCUUGAGCUUCUUCAGACCAAUGACUUGCCGCCUCAGUAAUGAGCGACUCUUAACUCCUUGUCCUGUAGAAGGCCUGAACAUGUCUGAAUGCUCAAAAAUUCAGUGCUGUCCUUUCAAAAUUGGCCAUGAAGAGCAGUGCUACAUGCCAGUGAGAGACGAUGUGCAGCUGGCCAUUCGAGUGAUUUUGGUUACUGGAGGAGGAUUUUUGACUUUAGGAUUUCUACCAAUCUUUUGCUGUGCCUUUUUGCAGAGAAGCCAGUGA